UAUUUUAUUUAGCAAACUAUAAAAAUUUAUUGUCAGAAAAGCUCGAAAGUCUUGCUAAAAUGACAAUACAAGAAGAAAGCAUGUUGAAUGAGAUUUUUUUAUCAAACACACAGACAACAAAAAGUUAUGUAGCCCCUAUUUCAAAUGCAACAUCAAGUCAAAAAGAAACUAAUCCCACUAUUCGAUUAAUAAUAACACAUAUAGAAAACAUAAACUUCAAAUCAUAUGCAGGAAAGCAAGUUCUUGGCCCUUUUCACAAGAAUUUUACAUCUAUUGUUGGUCCUAAUGGCUCUGGAAAAUCAAAUGUUAUUGAUGCAAUGCUGUUUGUAUUUGGAUAUCGUUCCCAAAAAAUUCGUUCAAAAAAACUUUCAUUGUUAAUCCACAACUCUGAAUCACACUUAAAUAUUGAAUCAUGUACUGUCACUGUGCAUUUUCAAAAAAUUAUUGACUUGCCUGGUGAAGAUUUUGAAUUAGUAGAAAAUACACAUUUUACCAUUUCAAGAACUGCUAGAAAAGAUGGAUCAUCUGAUUAUUACUUAGAUGGAAAAAAACAAACAUUCAAAGAAAUUGGAUUGGUUUUAAGGACAUGUGGUAUUGACAUAGAUCAUAACCGAUUUCUUAUUUUGCAGGGAGAAGUUGAACAAAUAAGUACAAUGAAACCAAAAGCAGAGAAUGAACAUGAUGAAGGAAUGCUAGAAUAUCUUGAAGAUAUUAUUGGAACCAGUUCUUAUAAAGUACCGAUAGAUGAAUUAUCAGCAGCUGUUGAGGAUCUGAAUGAGAAGAGAUCUGAAAAGUUGAAUCGAGCCAAAGUAGUGUUGAAUGAAAAAGAAGAACUUGAGCAAGAAAAGGAAGAUGCAACAACAUUUUUAGUUAUGGAAAAUAAUAUUACAAAAAAAAAUUACAUUCUUUGUCAAAAAUAUAUCCAUGACUGUACAGAAAUUGAAUCAAAGACAAAAAGCAAAGAAGUGGAAAUCAAACAGCAACUUGAAAAGCUUCAACUACAACUCAGCAGUUUCUUAGAACAAAAGAAAGAGAAAGGAGUUGAAUAUAAGAAAAUGAAUAAACUUUAUGAUAAACUUUUUAUAGAAGCUGAAGAAAAAAAAAAAGCAUUUGCUGAGUUUGAAAAAUAUGAUUUAAAACUUAGAGAGGAAUUAAAACACAGAAAAAAAAACAAGAAAACACUUGAAAAGUCUCUCGAAACAGAAAAAAUAAAGCUAGAAGAAUUAAAGACUAUUCCAGCAAAAAGUGAAGCUGAAAUUGAACAAUGCACUUCUUCUUUGAAGCAACUAGAGAUUCAAAAACAACUUGAAGAAAAUGUGCUCACUGAAAUAAUGGCUGGUUUAAAAAAUGAAACUGAAGGUUUACAACAAGAAAAAGAAUCUAAAGAGCUUGCACUUAUGGAAAGUCAAAAGUCAGUUAACGAAGCUAAGUCAAAGUUAGAUGUGCUGUCAAGUGAAUUAGAGAUUUAUUUAAGCAAGUACACAAAGUUAAAUGAGCAGCUAGAGCAAGCCAAGUCAAAUGCUGAAAAAGCUAAGGAACAGAACGAAGAGAAAAAAAGACAGUUGAUUGCUAUUGAAGAAGACUUACCAUCAACAAAAAAAGAACUAGAUAGUGCAGAGAAAGAACUCAAACAAGUGACACAAAAUGAAAAAGAUUUAUCAAUUGAAGUAAAAAAAAACCGUCAUAAGUUUGAAGAGUGCAGAAGUGCAAUGCAUGCUUCUCAAUCAAGAGAUGCUGUGCUUGAUGCUCUUAUGAAGGAAAAAGAAAGUGGAAGAAUUCCUGGAAUCUAUGGAAGAUUAGGAGAUCUUGGUGCUAUUGAAAAUAAAUAUGAUAUAGCUAUUAGCACUGCAUGUGGUCCAUUAGAUUUUAUUGUUGUUGAUACUAUGGAUACAGCACAGAAAGGAGUGCAAUUUUUAAAGAAAAACAAUAUUGGCUCCACAACGUUUAUUGCUCUGGAUAAAGUUAGUAACUGUGAACAAAAAGCAAAUUCAAAAAUAAACACACCUGAAAAUGUACCAAGACUUUUUGAUUUGGUAAAGUUGAAGACGGAGGAUGUGCGCAAUGCUUUUUAUUUUGCACUGAAAGACACUCUUGUUGCUAAUAAUCUUGAUCAAGCUACAAGAAUCGCUUAUCCAAAAGAUAAGAAUAGUAGUCGUUGGAGAGUAGUAACAUUAAAAGGAGAGUUAAUUGAAAUGUCAGGGACCAUGAGUGGUGGAGGAAAUAGGCCAUCUAAAGGAAGAAUAGGCAAUCGCUUAACACAAGAUUACAAUCCAAAUGAUAUUGAAAUUCUUGAAAAAAAAUUCUAUAGUGAUACAAAGAUGCUUGAGGAGCUUCAGCAAAGAAAAACAAAACUUGAAGAUACUGUUCAUAAUUUAACUAAGCAAGUCAAAUCAAUGGAACAUGAAGUUCAAAAACUUAAAAUGGAAAUUCAGGCGCUAAGUGCUCAGGAAAAAGAACAACUGUUAAGGGUGCAACAAUUAAGUUGUGAUUUAAAAGCUGCAAAACCUGAUGCUCAACAUGAGGCUAAACUAGAGAAAGAAAUAGCAAUUCACAAUAAAACAUAUACUAAAGCAGCAGAGAUAUCUGGAAAAAUUGAAAAAGAAGUUCAAAGUUUACAUAAAAAGAUAAUGGAUAUUGGUAAAUCAAAGUUAAGCGGUCAACAGAGUAAAUUGGACUCAUUGAGUAAACUUAUUGAUGAAGUUACCCAAAAGAAAACAAAAGCAUCUGUUGCCAUUAAAAAUGCAUCUAGAAAUUUAAAAAAAGCAGAGGAAAAGGUUGAAAGUAUAGAAAAAGAAAUUAAGGAAAACACUGCAGCCCUUCUUAACAUUGAGCAGGUUGAAUUAAAAAAACUUGAAGAUGAUGCUACUGAAGUCUUGAAUGCUGCUCAGGAAGGACAGGAGCGUAUAAAAGAAAUGCAGAAGAAAUUAGAAGAGGCUAAGCGAGCAUUUGAAGCAACUGAUAAAGAAGAAGGAGACCUACGAAGUAAAGAAAUAGAUGUGAAACAUGAAUUGCAAAAAUUUGAAAAUACCCUUAAAGAGAAUAGUAACAAAAUACGACAUUGGAAAGACAAGCUGGAUAAACUUGUUUUACACAAAAUUCGAAAAUCUUAUGUAGAGUCAGAAUCACAACAUGAAGAAUUGGUAAAGCUUACAAAUGAACAGUUAGCAGAUGUUGAUGACACAGCAAUUGCAUAUGAAAUAACAGUACUUUCAGAAAAGUUAGCAGAAAUGAAACCUAAUAUGGCUGCAAUUGAAGAGUACUUUAAAAAGGAGGAAAUUUAUCUUGAACGUGUUAAAGAACUUGAAACAGUGACAGAGGAGCGUGAUUCUAAAAGAAAAGAUCUUGAUAAUAUGAGAAAGAGAAGACUUGAUGAGUUUAUGUCAGGAUUUGUUAUUAUAACAGCAAAAUUAAAAGAAAUGUACCAGAUGAUAACAUUGGGAGGAGAUGCAGAAUUAGAAUUGAUUGAUAGUCUUGAUCCAUUUUCAGACGGUGUUGUUUUUAGUGUUCGCCCUCCCAAGAAAACAUGGAAAAAUAUAUCAAAUUUAUCUGGUGGUGAAAAAACACUGAGCUCAUUAGCACUGGUUUUUGCACUUCACCAUUAUAAGCCAUCUCCCCUUUACGUCAUGGAUGAGAUUGAUGCUGCACUAGAUUUUAAAAAUGUUUCAAUUAUUGCAAAUUAUAUCAAAGAGCGAACAAAAAAUGCUCAGUUCAUAAUUAUUAGUCUACGCAAUAAUAUGUUCGAACUGGCUGAUCGAUUGGUUGGUAUUUACAAGACGGAUAACUGUACGAAAAGCGUAAUAAUAAACCCUUCGUCAUUAUAAUUUUUUUUCGAAUAUAAAAAUAAUUGUUAUCUUUAAAGUAACUUUAAAGUUAAUUAGUAACAUUUAUUGUCUGUAUAUGACAAUAAAUGUUUACAUAGAAUUUAUCCGGACCUAUUGUAUGACGUAAUGCACGCAAAAAAUAUUUCAUACUU